CAGUAGCGGCAGCAGCGGCAGUGUGUCUAGGAUGUCCUCCCCUGGUGUCCUCGCUGUGCUGCGGGUCCUGUGUGUGUUGUCGUUGUGGGACGCGGCGUCUCCGCUGGACACUGGGAUGCUCUUCCCCCGAGAGUCUUCCUCCAGGGAGCUGAAGGAGCUGAACGGGCUGUGGGUCUUCCGGGCUGACAAGUCCACGGACAGGAACCAGGGCUUCCAAAAAGCUUGGUACAAAAGUCCCCUGGCAGAGACUGGCCCAGUGAUUGACAUGCCGGUACCCGCCAGCUACAAUGACAUCACCCAGGAUGCCACACUGAGAGACUUCAUUGGCUGGGUGUGGUAUGAGCGAGAGGUGAUGGUGCCUGCCCGCUGGAUCACCGAUGAGGGAAUUAGAGUGGUUCUCAGAGUGGGGAGCGCUCACUAUUAUUCAGUGGUGUGGGUGAACGGGGUGCAAGUGGCAGAGCAUGACGGUGGCCAUCUUCCCUUUGAGGCAGAGAUAGGCAGUGUAAUCCGCAAAGAUCCGACUAUGCCGUGCAGGAUUACCAUCGCUGUUAACAACACUCUGACUCUACAGACUCUUCCUCCAGGAAUCAUCCAGCACAUGAACGACCCCACCAAGUAUCCUGCUGGGUUUUUCGUGCAAAACAUCUACUUUGAUUUCUUCAACUAUGCUGGGAUACAUCGUUCCGUGUUGCUGUAUACAACUCCUAAAGCUUAUGUGGAUGACAUCACUGUGGUGACUGACUUCUUGGAUAACACUGGUCUGGUCAAAUACAAAGUAUCAGUCCAAGGUGCUGCAACGGCUUCCCUGAAGGUCACUUUGAUGGACAAAAACCGCCGCUGUGUGGCCUCCUCCAACGAGUCAACUGGAGUGCUCAAAGUGAAAGAUGUCAACCUGUGGUGGCCGUACUUGAUGCACGAGACUCCAGCUUAUCUUUACUCUAUGGAGGUUCGCUUGAAGGCAGCUGAUGAAAGAUCAACAUAUGAGGAUGUCUAUAGUCUGCCAGUUGGCAUCCGCACUGUCAACGUUACCAGCACCCAGUUCCUCAUAAACAACAAGCCCUUCUAUUUCCAUGGAGUCAAUAAACAUGAGGACUCUGACAUCAGAGGAAAAGGCUUUGACUGGCCCCUGAUUGUCAAGGACUUCAAUUUACUCAAGUGGUUGGGGGCCAACUCCUUCCGCACCAGCCACUACCCUUAUGCGGAGGAGAUCCUGCAGAUGUGUGACCGUCACGGCAUCGUGGUGAUUGAUGAGUGUCCAGGGGUGGGCAUUAAAGAUAUUCGUAGCUUUGGAAACGCCUCCCUGGCUCAUCACCUGGUUGUCAUGGACGAGCUUGUUCGUCGGGACAAGAACCAUCCCUCUGUGGUCAUGUGGUCAGUAGCCAAUGAGCCAGCAGCGGAGAUGCCACCAGCUGAAUUUUAUUUCAAGACAUUGAUAAUGCACACUAAAGCUCUGGACCCCACCCGGCCUGUCACUUACAUCACAGACAGUAACUACGCCAGGGACAAGGGGGCUCCCUACGUGGAUGUCAUCUGUGUAAACAGUUACUUCUCCUGGUAUCAUGAUCCAGGUCACUUGGAGGUCAUCCCCAUACAGCUCAACAACCAGUUUGAGAGCUGGUAUGGGAAGUACCAGAAACCCAUCAUCCAGAGUGAAUAUGGAGCAGAUGCAGUGCCAGGGCUCCACAGUGAUCCACCCGUGAUGUUUACGGAGGAGUAUCAGAAUGUAGUCCUACAGAGUUACCAUGAUGUGUUCGACCAGAAGAGGAAGCAGUAUGUCAUUGGUGAACUAAUCUGGAACUUUGCCGACUUCAUGACUGUACAAGGGAUCACCCGUGUUGUGGGCAACAAGAAGGGCGUUUUCACCAGGCAAAGGCAGCCCAAAGCAGCAGCAUUCGUCCUGAAGGAGAGGUACUGGAGACUGGCCAAUGAAACUGGGAGACUUCCUCCUUGGACCAAAUAUCCCUGCUCCCUUUGACACCCACCAGUGUUGAGACACCCAGUCCAGGACAGACUUGAUCCCAUGAAAGCACAGCAACUUAUGGAAAAAAUGCUGGUAAAAUUCAGUCAGUUAAUUUAAGCACAUAUGAAACAUUUCCUUUGAAACCAUUUCAAUGCCUACAUAUGAAGUCAAACCACCAUGAAACACAACUAAGCUGUGCUAUUCCUGUGGUGUGUAUUUCCUUAACAAAACCAUCAACACUAUAAGCAGAUGUUCCAGAAAUCAACUGUUAACAUGUAAGCAAUGUUUGAUUCUGAUAUGAAAUUUUGCCUCUAGUGCCUCAUCGAUAAUGUAAUUCACAAUUAGCUGCUUUAAUAUGGGUUUGAUGGACAGCUAAUAUUGUGAUGCGGGUCUCCUCAGGUCACCUGAAUGUAGACCGAGGACAUUUAUUUAGCUGUUACAGGUGGUGCUUUCCUUUGUGAUAUCAUGAAAAAGUCAAGAUCAAUAAAAUGAUUGGGUACAAUCAUUUUUGUGAUAAACUCUGACCUUUCCUCUGGUCAGGUGAUGAAAGACACUGUAAUGGAAAGGGACACUAUCUCUACUUUCCUUUCCUCUAUGUCUUUUGUU